CGGCGGGGGGGGCCGGUGCGGGGCGGGCUCUGGGCCCUGCGCGCCGCGGUCCGGUCGCGGGUGGGCGGGGGCCUGCGCGGCGGCGGCGGCGGGGGGAGCCCGGGCUGCGCCGUGCUGCGCUGCUGCGGCCCCGGGGCCCGGCACAACGCGCCCCGCCGGGUGAGGCUCCGCGCGGGGCCGGGCCGCGGCCUGCCCGCCGCUCCCCGCCCCGCUCCGCCCGGGCCCGCAGGCCGCUCCCCCGCCGCCGCCGCUCCUCCCGCCGGGCCGCCCCGCGCCGGCCCCGCCGGGCGAUGAGGAGCUGCUUCUGCCUGCGACGGGGGAGCCGCGACCCGCCGCCCGCUACACGGGCAACAGAUCAGUCCAUAAUGCCUGAAGUGCGAGACCUCUCCGAUGCCUUGCCCGACUUGCCGAUGGAUCCCAUCACGGGUGUUGGUGUGGUUGCAUCCCGAAACCGAGCACCGACAGAUUAUGAUGUAGUUGCACAAACAGCAGAUGGCUUGGAUGCUGACCUCUGGAAAGAUGGCUUAUUUAAAUCCAAGGUCACACGGUACCUGUGCUUCACGAGAUCGUUUUCAAAAGAAAAUAGUCAUUUAGGCAAUGUCUUGGUUGAUAUGAAGCUCAUUGAUAUCAAGGACACUUUACCCGUGGGCUUCAUUCCCAUCCAGGAGACCUCUGAUACACAAGAAAUAGCUUUCAGGAAGAAAAGGCUGUGCAUUAAAUUCAUCCCUCGAGAUUCUACAGAGGCAGCGAUCUGUGAUAUCCGAAUCCUGGGUAGAUCUAAACAAGCCCCUCCUCAGUACACCUUCAUAGGGGAGUUGAACAACAUGGGCAUUUGGUACCGGAUGGGCAGAGUUCCACGCAACCAUGAGCCUUCACAGCCCGAGACUCCUCCUGCCCAAGCACCAUCUUCAACACCCGCUCCUAACCUGCCAAGGCAUAUCUCACUGACACUUCCUGCCAGCUUUCGAGGGAAAAGUCACAGCACUCGCCUAGACUUGGAGCACCAGCACUCGAAUUUGUACGCCAUAUCAGCAAUGGAUGGAGUGCCUUUCAUGAUUUCGGACAAGUUUGCCUGUGCUCCUGAAGGGAUGCAGCCAGUUGAUCUCUUGGGCAUCACAAUCAAAACCCUUGCAGAAAUCGAAAAGGAGUACGACUACAGCUUCCGGACGGAGCAGAGCGCGGCGGCCCGGCUGCCACCCAGCCCCACGAGGUGCCCACCGGUCCCGCAGUCCUGAGCGGGGCGGCCGGCGCUGGAGCGGGAUGUGCGUGCAUACUACUGAGUGGGAUGCGGCGCCGGGGCCAUCCCAGACCUCCGCUCGUCCGGCCAUCGCCGCCCUCCCUGCGCUGCACCACCUCCUCCUGCACACGCCGCUCCACGCCUUGGGACUGCGCAACCCUUUGGCAGCUGCCCUCACCCUCCCUCGCUGCUGCGGGCUCCUCUCCACGUGAGUACGUGACUGGGAGCCUUGAGGCAGCCCCUUGGUCAUCCCCACUUCAUAACUCCUGCUGCAGGACAGUGUUAAAAACCAGAGCUGUAACAAACUGCUGCAAACAGCAACUAUGAGCUCGUGGACCAUCAAGAAAUGCUCAGCAGCGAGCCCUGAAAGUAAGGAAGAGCAAAAGAUAUGGCUGGUUAAUCCAGGAGCCUCUGUGCAUCCUGCCUGAGCUUACAUGGAGCUGAUGGGCUCUCGACGCCUUGCAGCAGGAGGCCCCUAUGGCACAUGGUCCAGCAGGCAGCACCAAGCCACAGCAGAUGCCCUGUCUGCCUCCGCCAAGGUCCUGGGCACACAGCAGCUCCACCACAGCCAGGAUCAACACAAGGAUGUGAUCACUUGGCUUUGCUGUAACUGGCAGAGCCGGGGUCACUUACUCAGACUUGCCUUGUGCUCUCUUCCCCAGGCAAGGCAGAGGGGUGCAGAGAGCACAAGCUGCGCUGCUGUUCCCGAGGGGAAGCACCUCUACUUUGCAAAGGGUGUCCACGUGUCUGUCAGGACCAAGAGUGACAAACAUCCUGUAUUUCUUCCUGGGCUGGAUGCUGGCAGCGCCCCGCUAACCCCCGGCCAUGCUGCCUGCAGAGCUGAAGCCCUGCUGGCAACUUGGAUGCUGUCACCUGCCUGUCACUUCAGACAGUUUUCUAAUACUUGCCCCGCUAGCUGCUAAAACAAAAGAGAUGUGCCUGUUCCCUCGUGUGCUCAUGGGGAAGCACUGAACUCUGACGUAGUGCAGGAUGAGAGUGGGAUGCAUUAAACCCUGACCUCAGCCUCCUUGUGAUCGCUGACCUUAGCUCGCUCCCGAGUCAAAUGCAUGUCUUGGAGAAGUCUGUUGCUGUAAUAAGUUAUUUAGAAGUGCCCAUCUGACUCCGUGCUGCUUUCUCAAGUCUCUGCUGUGGAACAAAGCUACAUCAUGGCAGCAAAAUGGCAUUUUUUAAGUAAGUGUCCAAACGUACCAUUUUUUAUAUUGUAAAAUACUGAUUACCUAACCCUAUUGAAAUGCAAUUGCCAUAGUAACAAAUAACAGUGUUGUCGCUCUCAGUCUGGGUCGUACGUAUGCCCUGACCUGCUUUGCACUGCUUUUGAUUGAUCUUGCGUUUUCUAGCUGGACAGGAUGGUGACUAACAGUAGGUUUUGUACUGUCAGCUUGUAUUUUUUAUUUGUACAUAUGUAAAAUAUUUCUUGUCCAAAGAUUCAUUUCUGGGUUUAAGGCGCCAUGCUGUAUUGCUGGAAUAAUGAGCACAAAAUCCUUACCGUUCUGGACAGACUCGUUUCAAGUCUUUGCUUCAACUUCUUCCAAUCAGGUAAAUUGUUUUCUGAAACUGCCUCUGUAAGGCAAGGCUUUGCCAUUGGGAAGUAGAGGCUCCUGUGGUUGCAGGUGUGUUGUAUUUGGGCAAAAGACUCAAAGCUAUCCCAUUUGCACCAGCUCCGGAGCUUUGGUGACCUUCUGGAAGUGCUCGUUUACUUGGAGGUUGCAGCACCACUUUUAGUUCUUAUUUAUCCUGCAGGAAAGAAAAGCCAGACCUCACUGCCAAGCUUCACAAAGGCUAGAUUGAUGAUGCCGACAUCGACAAAUGAACAUACCAUGGCAGCCUGGUCAUUCGGCUCAGGUUCACUUGAAGUUCAAAUCCACUCCAUGCUGUAGCACUAUGCCCAUCUCAUCCAUCUUUUGUCUUUCUAUUUUUCUGCUUGUAAUUUGUUCUGUAGUUUUCUGUGGCAUCCAUUUAUAGCUUCUCCUGUGGCUUAGUGGACAUUGCAGGUAGGUAGAAGCCCUCUGCAGCAGUGCAUUCCUUGUGGCUUUGGGAUGAAGGAGCUGCAGAGAUAUUCCCUGUUCCUGGUGGUGGAGGAGCAAGGGCUGCAGGUAGGUGCAGGGCAGCCAGUGCAGAGUCCGCAGAGCUCCACGGGCAGUUCCUGCCAUUGGGAGAUGGGGACGUGGCUGCCAGGAGCUUUUCCUCAAGCCACAUCUUCCCACACCCAGGGCAGGGCUGACCAUGGAGCAGCUGGAGCACUCCAGGAAGAGCAGGUUUGGAUAGCUGCUGAGCCCUGCGAUCAGUGGGGUGCUCCCUGGGAACGUCUUGGAAUAAUGGGUCCAUAGCUUCAAGUCCCUUACUGUCAGAUUCAGCUUAGAGAGCAUAAGUAGAUAAAAUUGGUGCUUUAAUGUUUAUAGCAAAUUAUGUUUGCUCAGCCUUCUUCGAGAUGGUGAGCUCAGCUUUCUCUUCAGUACCUACAAGAAACACUGGAUGGCUCAAAACGCUGACAGGACAUGCAGCUGGGACAAGCAUCUAAGAAAUCUUCAGGAUAUAUUUGUAUAGCUGGUUCUCACUCUUCCCUUUCUUACACUGGGCUAGCAAAGCUGCUUCAGAGGUGCAUCUGCAAAGAUACUUGAGAGAUCAGUUUGAUCUUCACAGUGUGUUUCUGCACUGUGGCACUGCAAGAAUACCCUGCACUGUAAACAAGAAUAGUACAACAGCAGUUCUUGUGGUACAAAUGCAGUACAAGGGUUUUGAGCAAGGAGCUACAGCUUCUGAGAGCCAGCUGAGCUCUCAGACCUGCUACUUAAGGCUGGGCAUUUCCAAAAGGCAAGGGCACUUCCAAGCCAGUGCUUGGAAGCCCAGUGAGACACGCGGUGCAGGGUGAUUGCUGUGUGUGUCGUCUUCUCAGUCCAAUGAUUAUAGGAAGCUUUUUUAUUGCACCUCUGAAUUUCCAAGAUCUUGGGCAUCAGGUCAGCGUUUCCACAGGCAGGUUUUAUUUGCCAUUCCAUUAAGUUUUGUACUCACAGCAACUCACUGCAAGGCUGGUCCUUGUAUCCUCACAGCAAGUCCUCCCUGUUGGCAGGUGCCAUAGCCAAUACCAGCAUAUCUCUGCAUCUCACUCCCUCCCUGUCCAAAAAGUGACUGUAGUAGCAUCAGCUCAGGCAAUAAUUAUUCAGAGAGCCUGAUGCUGGUGUUGUCUGGCUGUGGAGAAGCCUUCUGGAACAUAAGGGAGGGGAUGAGUCAAUGGAAAGCAGCAGAAGUGGAUUUGCAGAGCUUUACCAGAUGUGCUUGGCUACCUUGCCUCUAUUUCUAGAACAGAACUACUCUCUAGGUAGCUUAAUCUUGUGGCUGAUGGAGAAAUUAGUUUGCCAAAUUAUCAUAUAUCUGCAACAGAGACAGAAAAGCAGCAGUGAGGGGUUUGCUUACUGUAAAAUACACCUUCUGAUGUGAAUUAGUAGUGACACGCUGCCUCCUGGAUUUCUCACGGCAAAGAGCAGGUCGCGUGCCGAGAUAACUCGUGGGCCAUCCAGGCCGGGCUGUGCUGUCUGAUGUGUUAACAAUGGAAAGGCAAGAAAUUAGUCCAGAAAAUAAUGUAGAGCAUGAACUUUGUGAUAAAAUUCAAGUGUGAACAGUUGUAGCAGGUGCCUUCCCUGGGGGAGCAUCUCAAUAGCUGUAGUUACAUAGGAAUAAACUUUGUCAAGCUUUUUUCCUGUGACUGUCACCAAGUUUGCCCGCGGUGUGUUUGUAGGAGAGGAUCCCCCGUGAGCCUCCUGUGUAGUGAGAGGUUGUUGUUGGUCUGUAGCAUUGGGCUUGUUUGGUUUCACACCCGUCCCUGUCCCCACCAGUUCCCUGAGCUCUCCAGAUGAGCCCACACACCGCAGAGCCCGGAGAAGAGCCUGACGUGUGCCGUGUGGACGCUGAUGGCAAGGGCAUGCGUCCACAGAUCUGGGCACCUUCUCUUCAAGUGCAGCCCUAAAAAUCAACUUGGGGGAGGAAAACGGGAUGCGGCACCUUUGGAGUCGGUCCCACAUUGGCCUUCACCUCCCCGCUGCCCUCAGGCAACACGGGCUCUGUCUCCACAGAUCUGCCCCCAGCCGCUCUCCCAAAGCAUCCCCAGGAUCAUGACCAUAGGCACAUCCCAUGAGUGCCGGCAGAGCAGCUCCCUGGAGAGCCCAUCCCGCUCUUCCCAAUGGUGUCUCGCUGUAUUCACAUAAUUACCUCAGCCUUCGAGCCUUGACAAACAGGCGGGAAUUGCCGGCAGCAGAGCGGCCUCGGUGUUGGUUAUCCCGAGCCAUCCCACUCCAACAGCAGCAGGGAGGGUGCUCCCCUGCUCAUGGAAAAGCUCAGUAAGGUGCUGCUCAAUUCAUUCAAUACAGGGAAACCAAACAGUUUGGAUAUUCUGAUCGUUUAUUGUGAAAUCGUUUCCUAACAGCAACAGGUUUAAAUGUCAUCAUGCAAAUGGAACAGAGAAACCUUUUAUGCAGUUGCAAAGUGUUUUUCUAAGAUGCUAUGCAUUUUGUUGGGUUAUUGGAAGUGAAUUUACUGUGCAUUAAUCUUAUGAAUGUUACUACGUUUUAUAUUUAUUUUAGAUGACCCUCCUGUAUUUUACAAAGGGAAGUUUCAUUGUGUGAUAACUUAGUCUGUAUUCUUAAUAUAAUUUGUUAAAUAAAACUUGUUUUAAUCAGUU